GCUUACCACUUAGCCGGUAGCCAUUCACCAUAGCCGCCAUGAAACGGGAUAACUCAGGAAACAACCAAGAUGGUCCUCCGUCAAAAUUCCAGCGUUCUUCCGUUGAUUUAACAAAUGUUUCCAUCAGAUUUCUUAUUCCUGGGAGGGCUGCAGGGAUAAUGAUUGGGAAGGGUGGGGAAAAUAUCAAAAAAAUACGGUCACAGUAUAACGUCAAGCUGAAUAUUCCCGACAGCAGAGGCCCUGAACGGAUAAUGACUAUCGAAGGUGACCUGCAGGCUAUCUGCAGCAUCAUGCGCGAUGUUUGUCCGAAACUGAAGGAUAUAAUGAAUGCCAAACUUUCCGACCCUAAACGCAUAAUGGGUGCCCAAGGAUCUCGACGCCGCCCGAGACGAAGUGAAGAUCCAGAGCGAGAUGAUGAGGAAGACGAAAACAUGAUUGACUUCAGAAUAUUAGUGCACGAAAGCCAAGCUGGGUCUGUAAUCGGUCGAGGCGGUGAACGUAUUAAGGACCUUCGUGAUAAAUACAAAAUGCGUGUUAUCAAGGUGUACCAGAUGUUGGCUCCGUUAUCUACUGACCGAGUUGUACAGAUGGUUGCUGACCCAGACAAUGUCGUCCAAUGUUUGAGAGCUGUGAUAGAAGCAGUAGAGUCUGCUCCUCCUCGUGGCCGCCGUGAAGAUUAUGACGCUGCCAACUUCAGUGAAGGUGAUGCUCUCAACUAUGGCGGUUGGUUGUCUCGAGAAGCUGCAGCAGCACUCGCUCAAGGAAUGCCUCUCCGCGGACCUGGGUGCAUGCCGCCGAUGGGUUAUAACAUGGGAGGUCCGUACAUGAUGGGUGCUAGUGAAAUGGGGCCGAUGGGUGGCGGUAUGGGCCCUAUGGGAGGAGGAAUGGGACCAGGUGGAGGGAUGGGUCCUAUGGGUGGCGGACCGAUCCCUGGAGGUCGCGGUAGAGGACCUCGCUCCGGCGGCGGAAUGAUGAGUGGAAGCGCGCCCCUCGCUCAAGGCCAACGAGGAAUGAUGGGCUCUUCAGGCCCUGCACCCGUUCCCCCUCCUGCCGGUCGUAACAGCUCGAUGGGUCCUCCAGGUGGUUAUAGUAGUUCCACAGACGGAGGCUACGGUGGUCAAGGCGGAUAUGACGGGUCAGGAGGAUUCGACAACGGAGUAUACGGAGGCAUUGACCAGACUGGACAGGGAGGAUUCAGUGGCCCUGGAUACGGUGGGUCGGGCAACAUGGCUUCCGGAGGUUACGGUGGAUCUGGGUAUGGUGGGAGCCAGCGUGGAUCGGGUGACAUGGCAGGUGGUCAAAGAUCAUUGAACAUUAAAACGUGCUGAUCACAAAGGUAUGUGUAUUUAAUUUUAUUUAUAAAAUACUCAACUUUAUUUACAAGUUAUGGUAGUGAUAUUAAUAAUCAUUAUUGACUAAUCGGCCUAUAUCCACAGAAGAAUUGUUGAUUGUUUUGUCUGAACAAGCUAUGAAAUCCAAUGGCUAAAUAGGGUUUAAUUUUUUUUUUUUUUACCUACAUACCUGAAUGCUAUCUGGUCAUUGUGUAAAUAACAGAUAGAUACAAUUAUUGUAAAUAUAAAUUGGAUUGAUUGUAUUAGGUCAGUACAUUUAACUGAAAGAAUGGGUUCACAAAUAUAGAUUAGUGAACAAAUAAUAAAUUACGUUGUUUUUUGUAUUAAACAUCAGAUCAAUAACAGUGAAGAUAUUAGAAAAAUGUUUAAAAUCAACUAGUAUUCAACAAGUACCUUUAUUAACAGAUCUUCUAUAGGUUAAGAUUCAGUGGACGACCAAAUUAAUGAUAAACGGACUGCAUUCCAUGAGGAUAGAUCGUCCACAGACCAAAUUAUGACACUAUAGAUCAUCGUUGAACAACCAACUGAAUGUAAUUCGUCACUAUACACCAACUUUCUUGGUUAUGAGUAAGAAUUUAACAGCGUAGACAGGAGAACCUUAUGGUGUAUCUGAGAGGAUCGUCAACAUCAUCCAGAAUUCAUACGACAUACUAUACUGCAGAUUUGUACAUGAAGGCAGCCCACAGAUGCGUUCCAAGAGAGGACCGGUGUCAGACAAGGUUUCUUGUUUUCGCCGUCUCUAUUUAUUCUGGUGGUUAACUGGAUUAUGAAGAACUUCACACCUCAGGGGAAGCGCGGAAUACAAUGGACGGCUUGAAUGCAACUAGACGACUUUGAAUUUGUUGAUGACCUGGCUUUUCUAUCCCAUACACACCAACAAAUGCAGGCAGAGGCAGCCAGUGCAGCAACGGCUUCUGAAUCAGUGGGCCUCAACAUACACAAGGGAAGAAGCAAGAUUCUGAAAUAAAACACAAAGAGCAUCAACCCAAAAUCACUUGCCCGGGAAGCUCUGGAAGAGGUGGAAACUUUCACUUACCUGAACAACAUCAUCGACGAACAAGGAGGGUCUGAUGCAUAUGUAAAGGCAAGGAGUGGCAAAACAAGAGCAGCAUUCCUACAGUUGAAGAACAUAGGGAACUCAGAACAACUGUCAGACAACAUCCAAGUCACAAUCUUCAAUACGAAUGUUGAGACAGUUCUACUGCACGGAUCUACAACUUGCAGAACUAAUACAACAAUAAUCGAAAGUACACAAGUAUUUAUAGUCAGUUGUCUACACAAGAUACUCCAGAUCUGUCUGCCGGAUAUCAUCAGAGCAGCCUACUAUGGGAGAGAACAAACCAGCUUCCAGUCGAAUAACAAAUUGGGAAAAGACGCUGGAGGUAGGUAAGACAUUUGUGAAAAUCAUCAAAAAGCGGCAUGAAGCAAGCGAUAACUUGGAAUCGUGAGUAGAAAAAUAAAUGGUGAAGAUCAAGGAACACAUUGCGUCGGGAAUUGGAAGCAGACAUAAAAAAGAUGAAUAGCAACUGGAAACAACUGAAAAGGUUUGUCCAGGACGAAGUUCUAUGGGGUAUCUUAGUUGGCGGCCAAUGCUCCACGAGGGUAACAGACAUAAGUAAGUAAUAAAUCUUCGUUUAUCCCAGUCCUUGUAUCUUUACUUCGUAUUGUAAGAUGUACAGUGGUUCCUCUUUCUAAGUAUGAACAGUGGGACCGCGUAUGGAACAGAGUUGAAAAGUACAAAAUACAGGCGAUGCCAGAUAUAACACUUCUGUUAGGAUGUCAUCAGCCCUGAUGCAUGGAAAAAUUUCUGUUAUAAUUAAAUAACGAUAGUUAUUCAAUUUUCUUCUACCGAACAUCCCAUCCUAUUUUUAAUCCCACUUCAAAUGCGUCCGAGUCAUUUUCGAGUAUCUUGCACAAACUAUGUUUUGUUAGAAAGCAGUAAUUACACCAAAAAUCAAUUAGUUAAAUUAAGUCGACUUUUUCAAAAUACAAAUAACAUAAUAAAUAGCCAACGGUGCACAUGGGCUUCAGUAUCCUGAAGGAACAAAUGGCGUAUGAUACAAUCGUUGGUCACCGGCUACCAUGGGGCUGCAUCUCCUUACGAUGCUCCACUGCCUUGUGGAUCAGACGUUCAGGUCGAAGGCUCGGGGUGUGGCCCCUUAAGAAAACCACCUGCUUCGGAUCGGGCACCCGGACAGUAUCACAGCCAUGACACAUAUCAAAUGAGAUCUGUGUGGCGGAUAUAUAUUUGGUGCCUCCUUGUACCAAUAUCUAUGUGUUAAAAUAAAUAAAUAAUAAAUAGCCUGUAAGAGAUUUAAUGAUAACUGAAUUACAAAUUUAAAGUUCUAAAUUUAAUCUCUGAACCAUUGCAACAGACAGUCAAUGAAGUGACUUAUCCGAGUAAUAGAUAAACUAUAGUGUUACACCCUUCUUUUUUAUCAUCUUCAAGAAAGCAAGAAUAAACGUUACCUGUCUUCAACCUGUCUUAACAAAAGUCAAAUCUAUUAUCACUGUAGAGUUUUUUUGGAGUCCCUCUCCUUCUUAUGAAACAAAAAAGUCAUUAUGUAAGCGUUAGUGUUCAUAUUGAAAGCUACUUGUAAGGAUAUGAUGCAUGUUUCAAGAUACAUCAACUUACAUCCACAUACUUUUUCCACACUUAUUCUUAAUCUGACCAUUUGUGGUUAGAAAUAGGUAAUUUCCACAGAUGAUAAUAACAACCUGGAAGCACUGGACGACCGUUUCGUCCUAUUGUGGGACCCUCCAGUAGUGCACAUCCACGAACCCGCAUGCGGGAUUUAAACCCACGGCCUUCAGUUUCGCGCAUGAACGCUUAACCUCUAGAUCACUGAGUCGGCAUUCAACGGUGUUAAUUUCUAACCUCAACCAAUCCACAAAAUCGCUCGACCAUCUUCCAUUGUACUGAGGACAAUCAGAUUGAAGGUCUUGGGUUCGAAUCCAGAGAGCGGGAUUGUAGAUACGCACUGCUGAGGAGUCCCACAACAUGAAAUAACGGCCAUCUACUAUUUCUAGGUUUUCAAUGGUGGUCAAUCAGUUCAUGAUCUCAAUCAAAAAUGUAAUAAUCUCCACAACCUUAUACAAUUGAAAUAUUUUCUAUUUUUUUUUCACAAUAUAUUACUAUAAUAUAACCUGUUACCAAGAUUCUAUUACCAUUAGAUUAAAUAUACAAUCAAUAUUCUAUGCAAAAAUUGAAUCACUUUAUGACAGGUAUACAAUACAUAACAAAAAAAAAAUAAUAAAGAAUUAUUAUUUAGGUUAACCAAUAUCUUAAUCAAUACAAUGAAAUAUAGUCUAAUUUAAAGAGUUCAAAGAAGUAACCAAUGCUAAUAAAGAAAUCAUAUAUUGAUUAAAUAGUUGAAUAUUUAUCAGUCUAUGAGUAACUUAGCAACCAAUUAAAUCUUAAUUGCCUUAGUUACAUAUAAAUAAUAUCAUUAAAAGAAGAAUAAAAAAAAAAUAGAAUAGAACAUAUUUAUAUACAUAAGAAAUUGUUGUAAUCACAUGUCAACUACAUAGUUUAGGAUAAAUGUAAAUAGAUUUAGGUGAGUAAAUAAAAAUACAAAAAAUUUUUUUACAAAGAUUAUAUGAAUAGUCAUAGUAACAAAAUACCAAAGUAGCUAGAAAUAAGUGAUUAUAUAAUACAUGAAUAAACACUAAUGAUAUAUGUGAAUGAAGUGAAUGAAAGUCAGUUAGAAAUAAAAUGAAAAAGACUGUGAUCAGUGGAGCUAAUCCGUGUUGGGUAGAGACAGGUAUCUACCUUAGUACAAUGGAGGUUGGUCGCACAAUUUCAUGGAUUGGUUGAGGUUAGACAUUAACACUGUUGGAUGCCGGAUGGCUCAGUGGUCUAGUAGGUUAAGAGUUCGUACGCAAGACUGACAACCUUGGGUUCGAAUCCUGUGAGGCGGUGUCGUGGAUGCGCACUGCUGAGAAUUCUCACAAUAGGAUGAAAUGGUCAUCCAGUGAUUCCAGGUUUUCAAUGGUGAUCUAACAUCAAUCAGUUCAUGAUCUCAAUAAAAAAACGAAAUAAUCUCCACAACCCUAUACUGAGAAGUAAAAUUUUUGAUUCAAAUGAAACAUGUUUAACAAAGAUGAAUUUGUGUUACUAAGUGUUACCUGUAAGUGUAUCUUAUUCCAUAAGUGGGAUUAUAGGAACUUUAAAUGUUUAGCCAUUAUUAUUAGUGAAUUCCCUAAGUAAUACCACCUACCUGUUGUCACUGUACGUUAACACUGUCCCUAGCAACCUUAACUAAUUUGAAUAAUAUCUAACAUGAACAGUAUAUCACUGUGUCACAUG